UGGGAUCCACCUUCCCCCUGAUUCUAACAGACACAGGGGAUAAUCAGCGGCAGAGUGAUACGUCCUUCCGCUGUACUACUAUCUUUGGCAGCAGCUACAGGUUUCUCACCUGUGUGCAGAAGCGCGCUCUCGGUGCAGCAGCGGUGGCGACGCGCGUUGCCAUUCCGACACAUGGUUCGACGCGCGCGACCAAAACCGGCAGGUUUUACCGUUAAACCCCGCCCCCUCGGGCGGCCCCGAACGCCACAGCAAAGAACCCUGUGCCCACCUCAAAACCCACCAGCACCACGGCGGCAGGGCAGGACUACAGGUCUAACCUGCAGCUGUCAACGCCACGUCGACUAAAACAAACAAAGUGCUGCUCAAACACCUGGUGAACCUUUCUGUUUGCUCCGUCGGAGUGAAGCGGAGUUGAACCAUGCUGGACCCGUCCUCCAGCGAAGACUCUAGCGGGGAGUCCGACCAAGAAGUUGCACCGGAGGCUGCGGGAAAACUGGGCGCCUCCCCGUCGGGGAAACGAGUGAAUAGCAGCCGAGCGGGCAGCCAGCUGCGACAGUCCGCCGCCCCUGGAGGCGCUCCUGGCAAAGGCGCGAAAGACAACAGCGGCGCAGGUGAAGAGGAGGAUAGGAAGGAGCGAGAGAGGAUCCAGAAGGAGGAAGAGGAGAGGAAAAUUAAACUGCAGAUUUAUGUGUUUGUGCUCAGAUGCAUUGCUUAUCCGUUCAACGCCAAGCAGCCCACUGACAUGGCCCGGCGGCAGCAAAAGGUGAACAAGCAGCAGCUGCAGGCAGUGAAGGAGCGUUUCAUGGCCUUCCUGAACGGGGAAACGCAAAUCGUGGCAGAUGAAGCUUUCUGCAACGCAGUGAGGAGCUACCAUGAGGGGUUCCUGAAGAGCGAGCGUGUCUCCAGGAUGGUUCAGAGCGGUAGCUGCUCGGCCAACGACUUCCGUGAGGUCUUCAAGAAGAACAUAGAGCGACGCAUCCGUAGCCUCCCGGAGAUCGACGGCCUGAGCAAAGAGACCGUGCUGAGCUCCUGGAUCGCCAAAUACGACGCCAUCUACAGAGGGGACGAGGACAUGCGGCGUCAGACCCAACGAGUGCAUUUGAGCGCCGUGUCUGAGCUCAUCCUCAGUAAGGAGCAGUUGUACGAGAUGUUUCAGCAGAUCCUGGGCAUCCGAAAGUUCGAGCACCAGCUGCUGUACAACGCCUGCCAGCUGGACAACGUGGACGAACAGGCCGCUCAAAUCCGCAGAGAGCUGGACGGCAGGCUGCAACUGGCUGAGAGGAUCGCCAGGGAGAAGAAACAGCCCAAGUUUGUCUCUCCUGACAUGGAGGCUCUCUUCGUAGAGGAGCUCCGCUCGUCUGUCAACCUGCUCAUGGCAAACCUCGAGAGUCUGCCUGUGUCCAAGGGCGGUCCGGACUUUAAACAGAAGCUGAAACGCUCCACUUUGAACAACUCCUUCCUGGACCUGGGUGAAGAGGGAGACAUCCUGUCCAAGUCUGACGUUGUGCUGUCCUUCACUCUCGAGAUUGUCAUCGUGGAGGUCCAGGGUCUGAAGUCUGUUGCUCCAAACCGCAUCGUGUACUGCACCAUGGAGGUGGACGGAGGAGAGAAGCUGCAGACAGACCAGGCUGAAGCAGCCAGACCACAGUGGGGGACUCAGGGGGACUUCAUCACAACUCACCCACUGCCCUCAGUUAAGGUCAAGCUGUUCACAGAGAGCACUGGAGUCCUGGCUCUGGAGGACAAGGAGCUGGGUCGAGUGGUCCUGAACCCCACCACCAAUGGACCAAAACAGGCCGACUUCCACAGGAUGGUGGUCCCAAAGAACAGUCAGGACACUGAGCUCAAGAUCAAGCUGGCGGUCCGAAUGGACAAGCCCCCCGCGUUAAAGCACAGCGGGCACCUGUACGCCGUGGGUCAAAGAGUCUGGAAGCGCUGGAAGAAAAGAUACUUCGUUCUCGUUCAGGUGAGUCAGUACACCUUCGCCAUGUGCAGCUACAGAGAAAAGAAAGCGGAGCCUCAGGAGCUGAUGCAGCUGGAGGGCUACACCGUGGACUACUGCGACCCCCAGCCAGGUCUCCAAGGCGGUCGAGUGUUUUUUAACGCUGUGAAGGAGGGCGACCUGGUGAUGUUUGCCUGCGACGACGAGUCGGACCGAGUUCUGUGGGUUCAGGCCAUGUACCGGGCCACGGGCCAGUCCUACAAACCUGUGCCGCCGCUGCAGAACAAAACCACAAACUGCAGAGGAGCGAUUCAGAAGGCAGCGUCGCCCAUCAGUCUGGACCCUUCUCAGCGUCAGGGAGUGGAGGAGUUGAUCUCUUCACCUCCGUGUCACUUUGACCACGCCACACUGUUCAGUGUUUUACAGAAACACACUCUCCAGCACCGGAUGAACGACUCCUUCUCCUGUCUGGGUUGGUUCAGUCCAGGUCAGGUAUUUGUCUUAGAUGAGUACUGCGCUCGAUACGGUGUCCGUGGUUGCCACCGUCACCUGAGCUACCUUAAAGGACUGAUGGAAUACUCCGAAAACAACACACUCGUUGACCCCACGCUGCUGCACUACAGCUACGCCUUCUGCGUCUCCCACGUCCACGGGAACAGACCUGAUGGGAUGGGUACGGUCACAGCUGAGGAGAAGGAGGAGUUCGAGGCCAUCAGGAGUCGACUCAUGGCUCUGCUGGAGUACCAGAUCACACAUUUCAGGUACUGCUUUCCGUUCGGACGACCAGAUGGGGCCCUGAAGGCGACGCUCUCCCUACAAGAACGGGUAUUAAUGAAAGACAUCACCACUCCAGUUCCUCCAGAGGACAUGAAGAAACUCAUCCAGAGAUGCCUGGAAACUGCAGCUCGGCUCAACUACAGUCAGCUCAUGGAGUACGCUCAGAUCAAAGUGGACGCUCAGGCCGCUGCGGAGAAAAGACUGGAGGACAUGAUGAGACUGGGAGAGCUGUGCAUCGAAGUCCUGCAGCAGAACGACGAGCACCACUCUGAGGCUUUCUCCUGGUGGCCCGACCUGAUGGCGGAACACGCCGAAACCUUUCUGUCGUUGUAUAGAGACGACAUGGACGCCGCUCUCCAGGUGCAGCCCGUAGACUCCUGGGACAGUUUCCCACUGUUCCAGCUUCUCAACAACUUCCUCAGAACUGAUUGUCACCUGUGUAACGGAACCUUCCACAAACACCUGCAGGACCUCUACGUGCCUCUGGUGGUGCGGUACAUCGACCUGAUGGAGUCGUCCAUUGCACAGUCCAUUCACCGCGGCUUCGAGCAGGAAACCUGGCAGUCCGUCAACUUUCAAGGAGUUAACCUGCCGGAAGUCUUCAACGGUUCGGCCACAUCAGAGGACUUGUUCUGGAAGCUGGACGCUCUGCAGAUGUUUGUGAUGGACCUGCACUGGCCCGAGCCAGAGUUUGCCAAACAUCUGGAGCAGAGACUCAAACUGAUGGCCAGUGACAUGAUGGAGGCCUGCGUUAAAAGAACCAAAUCGGCUUUUGACAACAAAAUGCAGAAAUCCUGUAAGUCCACAGAGUUCCGGGUUCCUCUGUCGGUCUGCACCAUGUUUAACGUUCUGAUGGACGCUAAGAAGCAGUGCUCCAAGCUGUGCGUGCUGGACACUGGUCAGGAGAGUGACAAACAAUGGCAACAGUACCACUCCAAAAUCGAUGUCCUGAUUGAUGAGGCGUUCAAAGAAAUGAUCUCCUCCCUCAUCUCCAAGUUUGCCAGUGUUUUAGACGGCGUCCUCUCCAAACUGUCCAGAUACGAUGAAGGCACAUUCUUCUCCUCAAUCCUGUCUUUCACAGUGAAAGCUGCUGCCAAAUAUGUGGAAGUCCCUAAACCGGGGAUGGAUGUGGCCGACACCUACAUCACCUUCGUGCGGCAGAACCAGGACAUCCUCAGAGAGCGCAUCAACGACGAGGUCUACAUCGAGGAAGUGUUUGACCAAUGGUACAGCAGCUGCAUGAAGGCUGUGUGCAUCUGGUUGACUGACCGACUGGACCUGCAGCUCCACAUGUACCAGCUGAAAACACUCAUCAAGAUUGUCAAGAAGACCUACCGUGACUUCAGACUGCAGGGUGUGCUGGACAGCACUCUGAACAACAAGAGCUACGAGACCGUCUACAACCGUCUGACGGUGGAGGAGGCCACGACUGCCGUCAAGGCAGGAGACAGUCUGCAGGGCAUCAGCAUGAGAGACAGCGACGAGGAGGAGGACUGAACACACACACACACGCACACAGAUAUAUGUACACACACUUUUAGAACUCCGCUGUCGUCGCCAUCAUGUCAGGAUUUUCUGUUACUCUCUGGACAAAUUUGUCCAAGACUAACACUGAGACACUGCUGGACAGAAUCACUGAACAGGUUCAAACUAGACCGAGGCUGAGAGAAUAUCAUUGGUCACUUAGACUUAAGGAUAUGAUCAUUAAAAAAAGGAGAAACUGAACAAAGAUUUAAAUUGAUUAUCAUUUAGCAUUAGCAUCAUCUAUUAGCAUCAAACACUCAAAGCAAAUUUGGUUGAGAAAACCCAUCAGUUCUGUUGUUCGUUUUCUACCUAAAGAAACACUAACCAGACAUUUUCUCCGAUUGUUUGUAAACAUGGAGCGUGUAACUUCCUUUCAACUCGCAGAAGGGGAUACUAUAAAAACAAAAAGUUAAAUCGUUAAAUCUAACCACCUUAUUCAGCCAAAAACCAGAGAAAUACAGUGGUCCCUCGUCUAUUGCGCAGGUUAUGGUCCAAGACCGCCCGCGAUAAACGGAAAUCCGUGAAGUAGAGUACGUUUUUUUUACGUAUAUAUUAACUCUUUACGAACCCUUUAGGUCGGAUCGUAGGGUGUCUUUUAAUGAUCGUAUCAGAACUGAGUCGGUAUCAACUGCAGUCUUUCCCUCAGAGUCCAUGGUCUUUAUUGAUAAAAAAAAAUCCCAUUUAGGACAAAACAGAAGGUAAAACAUGACAGUUGACGAGUGGACGCUGUGUGUGAUUGACAGCUGGACUGUCUGGUGUUUUUGUAAACACAGUUUGUAUCUCACAGCUUCAGAACCAGAACCCGACCCCAGUCACUUACAUCAGUGAUUCCCAACCUCUGUGUGUGCCACGGAAAAUGAUCCAAUUUCACUUAAUUCGCCUAAAAAACUAUUAUUUAUUUAUUGCAAAUAUUGUUUCUUUGUUUGUCAGUGCGUGACAGGCAGAACAGUUAUAUCCUCUUCUGCUAGGUGGCAGCAGAUGGUUAUUACAACUAAAAAAAAAAGAUCAUGUUGAAGAAGAUCUUUGUGUCUUUCUUCAAUUCCUGCCAGUGUAUCAGCGUUGUCUUCAACUAAACAGGAGUACAUUUUUUAGUAAAUUUAAAUUAGAAGAGUAUUAUAUUUUCGGUGAGAUUUUUGUCCAGUGGUGUACCGUGGCUCAAAAUAGGUUGGGAAACACUGGUUUACAUUAAACAGGACCAGGUCUGUUAGAACACAACUUCCUGUCCUACAGUACAUGAAGUUUGGCAACCUGAGGUUGAGCCUCCACCACUCAGCCAUCCUGACUGGUUUAGCUCCAGUGACUGACUGGUGAUAUUUGAUUGGACAUCAUUUAAUUACAUCUGGACCAGUUUCCUCGUUAGCACAAACAUUUUUAGAUGUCGUAUCUCUGCAGCGGAAUAAUUAUGGAAACAGUGGUUUGAACUGAACGUGAACUGAACCAAGAUUAUCUCCAGCAGUUAAUUAGCUGGCUAACAUUGUUUUGGCAUCUGAAAUCAAAUACCACAAGACAGCUGUUUCACACAAGGUCAGAAUAAAUAAAGUCGCACAAAUCAAACACAAGAGGCAGCUUUUUAACUCAGCUAAAACGCUAACUGCUAACGGCGCUGUUUAAAUUUAGAGUGGAGGAAUUAUUUGUUGGGCUUUUAUUUGGCUAAUUCAUGCUCCAAUGUUUCACUGCUUUGGUUGUUACAGUUCCUGAGCCGUGAUUGGUUGGUUUGGUCUCAACGUCCAAAUGUACUUUUUUUGUCGACGACGACUCAACACUCAAAUUUAAAGAAGUCACACGACCCAUUAGCCACCGGAUAAAAUGUCUGUUCUGUUCUAAGAUCAGCGACCUGCACUUUUAGUAACAUGAGAAUUAUUUUAUACAUAUUUUCUCCAGAUCCAGGGUCUCAAAGUCCAUUGGGCCGGGGGCCGGGGGCCACUACUGCCACCGCCGCCCUUUCAUUGUAGCACUGCAUCUGAUACUUUAGAAGAAAGAGUUUUAAUUUCAUAUAAAUACAGUGUGUACUAGAGUUCAAAUUGUUUUUCCUCAUUUUUAAAAGAGCAGCUAAAGCAUUUAAAAAAUAUUGGAAAUAUUUUUUGGAGGAAAAAAUGAAAUUAAAAUUAAUUAAAUUGAUCUAGUCACAGGCCAAAUGUGGUGGGAUUGCGGGCCAGAAGUGGCCCCCAGGCCAGUAUUUUGUGGUUUCUAAACAUAGGCUUCAUUGAAGAACAUUGUAUUUUUUUAUUCAUACACAGAAACCAUGUUCAACAUAUUUUGAAAAGGUUUUUUGUUUUAUUCUUCUUGAUGUCUCACCCAUGUCUCUUCGGUGAAGUCGUCUGUCAUGAAUCUCUGACAUUUACAUUUUUUUUUUUUAAUAGUUUCUUUAAUCCCCUCAAAGCUUUACGGUCACUGUAGCCUAGUAUUACACUGUACUCUCACCUCCAUCUUUACUGUGGGGCUGGUGUUCUUUGGGUCACAUGUCUGUCCCUAAGAAAGAAACAUAUCAAUGGUCAAACGUUUUGUGUCACCUGAGCAAAAAAAAAUGUUUCUAUGAGUAACAUUGUUGUACUUGACCCCAGUCUGACCUCAGUCUGACCUCAGUCUGACCUCAGUCUGACCUAGAGGUGUUUCUUUGGCAGCAGCAAACAUUUUUCUUGGUCACAAACUAGGAGUCGAUCUCUGUGGCCCACUUUAUGGACACCUUAAUUCGGACCAAAAAAAAAAAAAAACAAUUCUAAGAAUUCUAUCGUUAUUGUAUUUCCUUGUUUAAAUUCUCAACUUCUUGUUAACUGGUGGACUUCUGUCAUCACUGACGAUGACGUAAUAACGGCCAGAGCUUUGGAGACGCUUUUCACUGCUGUCUUCACGUAUAACGUAACGGCUUUGACUUUGACUGAAUCACGGAUUUUGCACUGUUCUGAUUGUUUGCCGUUGAGGUUGACAGUUCUCAGCGGAAUGUUCAAAGAGACACGUGUUUUCAAACACAAGCUGACGUAGCGCCGCGUGUACGCAGCUUCCUUAACUGCACCUGACGUACCGAGAAAAGACUUCCGGUUCAGAUCACGAUGGUCUGGGAAAACGUCCUGUGACUGACGGUGGUCGAGCAAAAGAAAAAAAACAAAAAAACAAAAACAAACAC